AUGAGGAGAAUUAGAAGUAACUGGACCCCGAGAGAGGACGCUAUUCUUCGCGAUCUUGUUCACAAAGAGCUGGAAAAUUCCCGUCCCCUUCUAUGGCGCGAAUUAGCUAAACACCUACCGGGCCGCUCGAAUAAGGACUGCCGCAGAAGAUGGUGGAACAGCCUGGCAGGGGGAACUGUGAAAGGGCCAUGGUCCCAUGAAGAGCAUACUCGGUUGAUUGAAGGUGUAUGUAAACAUGGCACCAAUUGGGAUCAAGUUGCUGCUGUGGUUGGUUCCAGGCGUGCCGAACAGUGCUCGAUUCGCUGGGCCGAGGUAUCGACUUCGGACUGCAACUACCCCACCUGGACGACACAAGAGGACGAGCGGUUGCUACACGCGGUGCUCUCAUACGGCACCGACUGGUCCACCAUCGCGGCGUCACACAAACCACAAAGAACUAUCAUUGCACUGGAAAACCGGUACUUGCAGCUGCGC